CUGCCAAUGACACACCACGGCCACAGCAAGCCAUGGCCAGCAAAGACCCACCAGCCAAUGCAGACGACAAGGCCCGCUAUGACAGAGUCAAGGAGGAGCUCGUCAAGAUGCUCGCGAAAAGGAGGGCUGCAGACCGACAGUUGGCUCAGAUGGAACUGACCAUCUACAACCUCGAGACAUCCUACCUCACAGAUACCGCCACCACUGGAAACAUCAUCCACGGCUUUGACGGGUAUCUGAAACCCACCCAAGGUGCAGCAGCACGCAGGAAACACGAGAUUGGCGAGGGUGAUAGAUGGUUCUCAACCAGUAGUGGGACAUGGUCCAAGUCCCUAGAACUGCUUGGAGAUGGGGAAGAAACGACCCCUGCUCCCGACGAUCCCAAAACUACGAACCCCGGUUUGACGACCGUCGUCGUCCCUCCGGCACCCCGCCCGCAAGAACUGACUGCUGCUCAACAGAAAAAGUUCCGUGACCGCGAGUACCAAAGGCGCAAACGGGCUAUGCGCAGGAGUGCUGGAACGAUGAGCGACGACGACUCUCAGGGGUUGGGGAGGAGAGCACAGAAGAGAGCUCGCAUAGCAGAAGAUGAGUAGCAACAGCUUCUCUACCUUAUUGUAUAGUACUGUGCA